AUGUGGGCGAUCGCCAACAACGGCAUUGGGACGAAUCUGUCGCCGCAGCAGGUGUGCGACUGCGCGACGAAGCAGUGCUGCCAGGGCGGGUGGCCCGAGUGGGCCUUCUCCUACGUGCUCUUCAACGGCGGCAUCACCUCCAACGCCAGCUACCCCUACACCGCCUUAGAUUCCGCCACGUGUCUGCUCGACACAACCAUGCCGUCCGUGGCGCAGAUCACGGGGUGGGAGCUGGUGCCGGCAUUCAACGCCAUGGCGCUCAUGAAGGCCGUCAGCAUGCAGCCCGUCGUCGCCUUCAUCAGCGCCUCCGCCCCCGAUUUCACCGCGUACUCAAGCCCCUACGUGCUCAACAUUUACAACGGGCUGUGCACAACGGACGUGAACCACGCGGUGGUGGUGGUGGGCUUUAACUACACGGGGCCGGACCUCAAAGGCAGCUACUGGAUUAUCAAGAACUCGUGGCUCCCCACGUGGGGCGACCGCGGUUACAUGUACCUCGCCAUGACGCCCGACGUGCGCGGGAAAUGCGGCAUCCUAUCAACCCCCGCCAUGUACCCCGUCUACUUCCCAUCCGGGAUGCAGCCAGCGCGCUUUGCGUCCGACAGGCGCGGCAAGUGGAAUAUAAAGAAGGUGGACGACCUCUCGUCGUCGCUCUUCUCUUCCACCCUCUCCCUUUCGACCACAACGACGACGACGACUACCACCACCACCACGACUACUUCAUCAACUGACUUCGCCAUCGCAGCUAUCACGGAUCCGACGAUCUCCGACUCUUCCUCGCUGCUCACUGGUUCAACCACUGAUUCGUCUGCGAUCAAGACGACCACGCUGAGUACGACGUGCACGGGGAUGAUCAAUCCGUGCGGCGGGGGCAUUUGUUACAUGAGCGGUGGGGUUCCGCGAUGCAACUGCACCGCGCUAGCGAAUUUUGUUGAGGUGCUGGGAUUGCCCACGUCCAAAUGCGUGCCGCGAAGUCCCUGCACGAGGGCUCCUGUGAAUCCCUGCGGCGGCGGAACUUGCGCGGAUGUAGGUGACGGGACAUACACGUGUGCGUGCACUGCGGGUUACGCCAUUGGCGCUGCUGUCGACGGUUCGCCAACGUGCAUCCCUGCGGCUGGACUCGCGAAAUCCUAUACCACCAUCAACUGCACGGGGUGGUACCGAGUGAUGCAGGGCGACACAUGCCCCUCCAUCUGGAAUGGAGCUAACCUCACCAUAUCCAUGUUCCUCACCAUCAAUCCUGGUAUCCAGGUAACUUUCCAAAAGCUUCCCACACCACUCCAUAACACCCUUCAUACGAACCCAUGCCUCUCCAUCUACCCUCCCCAUCUCCUAAACCCUCUCUCCCCUUGCACUACUAGGGCCCUUUUACUCGCUCGUUCUGUCAAUCCUCCACCCUCUGCCACUGCCAGCCUCUGCACCUUUCUCUGCCUUGCCAUCCCUCCUUCCAUUUGCACUGCCUGCCUCCUUAUCUCCCUCUUCCUUGCCAUUUCUCCACUUGUGCAGUGCCAGGCGCCCUACCUGGUCGUGGGCCAGCAGGUCUGCAUCGACUCACCCCUCCUCACCACCAUGCAGCGAAACCCAAACGCCAACUACUCCAUCUACACCGUCCGUGCCGGCGACACCCUCUCCACCAUCUCCACCCAGUACCUCCGUCGCUGCACGCGUCUCUCCGUAUCUCCCGCUUCCAUUGCCGCCCAGAACUACAUUGCCGACUUGUCUGCCCCACUCGCAGUCAACUCCAGCCUCAUCAUCCCCUGUAUUGGCGGCAUCGGUAUGAUUGACGCUGGCUGUUUGCCGUCGCUCACCGUGUGCGGGUCAGAUUUCGUCUCGUACCCGUCGUACUGCCAUGCAGCGGUCAACUAUGCGCUCCCCGUUAUCCAGAAUGCCCCGUGUGACGCCUGUGCGAGUGCCUGCACUGGCCGCAUGGGGCUGGCGCCUUCCGGUUCUGCCUGCACGCAAGCCAUCUGCCCGUAUCCAACCUGGUUUGCAUCAUCAGACUGCACUCUAGCAGAUGUCAACACUACUACAGGACCCUGCUGUGCUUACCGAAGAAUUCAAUGCGACAAGCAGUGCAACCUAACAGCAGAGACUGCAGGCGGCGAUGCCACGAAGAAAACGGCAACUUACAAUGCGUGCAUGGGCAAUUGCCUCUGCUGCGGCAUGUUCCCGUGCGGGGGGUCCUGGACGUGCAAUACAUGGAACAACGCCUGCUAUAAGACCACACCGCGCACUUGCACAUUCAACAUGGCAACUGGGUACACGUUCAUCUGUAGCUAUUACCCUGCUGCGGUUCCCAUACCUUAA